UUCACUGGCUGUCCGGCUGGCGGUACCACAUUUCGGCACCGGCCAACAAGCUUCAGCUACGGUGUUAAACCGCAGGCCAGUAUACCGACCUGCAGAGACCUAAAAAGGACCGAUAGCCCCGUCACUACCGCCAACUGGUCGCCCAUGGUUACGGCCAAACAAGAGCCUCCGCCCUGCGAACCCUCCUACGUUGAAGGUGACCCUCUGCCCCUCCCAAUCCCCCCACCUCGUAGCGACGACAACGGACUCUCCUUUGCCGUCGAAGGGGGUAGUUUAGUACCCCCUGUUACCACUGGAGCGUCCUCGACCCCCCAGUUCCCCCAGUUCCCGAUUGAAUUCACCACUCUGGUGGUUCUUUCCAGUCCAAAUGCUGCGACCAGGCUGAACCCCUCGAUAGACUUGCCCUCCCUUACACGGCAGCUGGCCUCAGCGCCGAAAUCCUCCGAAGUCCAAGCCUUCUCUGAUCAACAACAGCAACAACAACUAAUCAAACCACCCGUCACUUCCCAGCAAGCGCCGUCUACCAGGCCGUCUACUCUGAGGCUGUCUGAAAGUAAGGACUUUGAUCCCAACAACCAGAGUGAGGUGCUCCUCGGUGAGCAUUCCCUGUGGUCCAACGGUAGUGCUGAUCUCUCCGCCAUAAUCACUCCCAGUGCGGAGCGCUGGCUUGUCAGGGAC